AUGAGAGUUAACUUGCAAGACGACAAGGAUGGUUUUACGUGCUCUCCGAGGCACGGGGGUGAAACACGCCAACUUACCAACUUCGGGCUAUUACUGAAGCUUACUAAACAGAAAGACACAAUAACUAAAUUUGGCCCGACCCGAGACUCGAAACCAGGACCUCUGGAUGUGCAGCCGUACUUGCUAGCCACUACCGAGUUAGAUUUACCUACUAUAGAACCC